AUGUCACUGGUGGAGCACGUGGUGCUGAUGAAGGUGAAAGACGACGUCUCACCAUCGGAGAGGGAUGGCAUGGUGGAGCGAAUCAAUUCCCUAGUCUCCCUCAAACAACUCCUUCACCUCACCUUCGGUCCACUAUUGCGCAUCCGAUCCUACCCCUCUCCCUCCUUCGCUUUCACUCACAUCCUCCACACCCGUUUCAAUUCCACAGAUGACCUCCACGCCUACGCGGUGGACCCCACCCACGUGGCAGUCAUCAAGGUCAACACACCCUUCAUCGAUGACAUCAUGGCCCUUGAUUGGCUCGCCGAUCACCUCCACGCUCCCGCCGCCGUUCCCGGUUCCGCCCUGCGUGUCACCUUCUUCAAGUUGAAGGAGGGUCUCGGAGAUCCCGUCAAACAUGAGGUUUUGGGAGCUAUAAGGGCAAUUCAACGUGAGUUCAAACACCCAACUCAACUCACCUGCGGGGAGAAUUUCUCUCCCGGGAGAGCCAAAGGCUUCUCCCUUGCUUCCCUUGCUGUUUUUCCUGGAUUAGCCCAAUUGGAGGCUGCGGAUUCUGAUCACGAAUUAGGCAACUAUCAGAAGAAUCAUACCAUCAAAGACAAUCUCGACACUGUAAUGCUCCUUGAUUAUUUGGUACCAUCUUCCCCUAAACAUUAG